GCUGUAUGACCUUGUCGCUGGUGGAGGGGCUUAAGUAGCUACAGUGAACCCAAGAGCUAAACCGGCGGGAGUUUUAUACUCCUGGCAGGGUCACCCAAGCCGGGAAGGUCGAGGGAGAGUAGUGAAAACUAAGAAACAGCUCAGCUACCCAAGCCAAGGUGGAAACGCAUCGUGCCGAGGGCUGAAUGGUGCGGGGGUAGGUAAAAAUGUCGCAUCGCAAACGAUCUCUUUGGGGAACCUGGCGCACCCCAUCGUAUUUAGCCUUCCGUCAGGCAUGGGGCACUACCUGGCGGUGACUUUUAUUUCCUCCAGACUCGUGGGACCUUUAUGGACCAUAAAUCAAAAAAACGGGAACCCGAAAGGGGGCCGUCAACAUCCGCCGGGGAAGCAGUAAUUGCUGACCAGGCGGAAAAUAAAACAGCCACUGGGAAGCAAACACCAGUGACUACUAUCUCUAGGGGAGUCGACAGACUGAACCUGGAAGGUAGGAAGAAAUUGUCUGGUGCGCAAAAGCGCAAACUUAAAAAACUGCGGAAGGCAGAGGCGGGAAAAGGACAGGGGCCGGUGACGGAACCUGGCUCAAGUACCACUCUAACUCCGCAGGCUGCUGAACCGGGGCCAAGUGGACUCGGGAAGAAACGUGGACGGUCGGACGGUAGUGAGCCGAUUUCCGACCGGCCUGUUUCCAAGAGGCCUAAGGCCACGGGACAGCGUGGCAAGACUUACGGGGAGGCGCUGUCGGGGAUCCAAGCAGUGGUGGUCCCCCAUGGAUACCCGGAGGUCCGAAUGGAUGAGGACCAGAUGGGACUUGUCCAGUCGGCGCUUCUGGGGGCCAUUGAUGGGAUCGCGGGCGAGGGUACACGACCGCGCUUCCUGGAGUGUCGUCGAAGGGGGGGAACGCUAGCGAUCACCGCCUUCAACGAGGAGAGCCUGCAAUGGCUGAAGAUGACCACGGCGAGCUUGGUGCCUUGGGAGGGGGCUAGACUCAGCGCUGUUGAGCCUAGGGACCUACCUAAGUUCACUAAGUUCAUCGUGUGGAUUCCGGGUCAUCCUGAUGAACCGGAAACCAUCAUGCGCCGUCUGGAAAACCAGAACGGGGAAUUGAGGACGGGGGCCUGGAGGCUAAUCAACCGCAAGGUUGAGGUGAAGGGCCAGACCCUAGUCCUCUCAGUAGAUGAGAUGAGUGUGAAGGUACUUCAGAAGGAGGGCUUCAGACCAUUUCUGAACUUCACCAGGGUCCUUUUUAGGAACCUGGAGAAGGGCAGGGUAGAUUUGGGACCUUCUGAUGAAGAUCAGGAGGGACCAAAAUCUGUAUUAUCUGGUCAAAUUCCAGGUAAUACAAGCGAACAUUCAGCACAGUAGAGCGGCAUCUGCUGCUCUCUGUGCCAGUGUGGCGCGCGUAAAUGCGGAUUUAGCUUUGAUCCAGGAGCCUUGGGUACAUGGAUCCCGGAUCAGAGGAUUGCAGGGUUCUGCACGGAUGACCUGGUGGCGGCCGAAGUGACUUAUGUAUCGGAGGGAACGCAGAGACAACUGGUAGUUUGCUCAGCGUACCUCCCUUACGAUAAGAAAGAAUCUCCUCCAACCAGGGAACUGAGGGACCUGGUGGCCUGGUGCGAGAAGGAGAAGAAACAACUCAUCGUGGGAUGUGAUGCUAACUCACACCAUACGGUGUGGGGAAGCAGCGAUGUCAACGAUCGAGGUGAGUCUUUACUAGAUUUUCUUUUUAGUUAUAAUCUAGAGAUUUUGAAUGUCGGGAACGAGCCCACCUUUGUUAUAAAAAACAGAAGUGAAGUCAUCGAUAUAACAGUGGGAUCGGGACCGAUAUGUAAUAAUAUUGCGAGGUGGCAUGUGUCGAAUGAGCCGUCAAUGUCGGAUCAUAGACAUAUCCACUUUGAAAUUAUAACGGAUUAUAAUCCGCAAGUAAGAACCUACAGAGACCCAAAAAGAACUGACUGGGACUCCUAUAGAACGGAGUUACAGGCCA